AGUGCUGUCUGUGUUGGAAAAGAGUAACAGUGCAAAACAAAGCAAAUUUAUUGGUUUCACGCUAGUGUUCACUGUUCAUAGCCAUGGACCUCUCUCUCACUCUUAAAUUCCGAUCGCCGGAGCUCUCUCUUUUUCCUGGAAAGCCCAUCUCUCCUUUCAGCCUUCCUAGAAAGCAAUACAAACCCAUUUUUCCUUGUCCCAAAACCAACCCAAAGCCUCACUUUACAGUCACAGCCAAGCAAAGGUCACCAAUCGAAGGCGUAAGCAAGGAGCUCAAUGCGAUCGCUUCCCAGAACUUGGAUUUCGCUUCCUGUCGCAGAAGGGUCCGCUCUGCCUUCGUGGAGGUCCAACAACAGCUUGAUCAUUGCUUGUUCAAGAUGGCUCCUACUGGAAUCAGAGCUGAGGAGUGGUAUGAGAGGAACUCAAAGGGGUUGCAAAUUUUCUGUAAAAGCUGGAUGCCAGAGUCUGGUGUUCCCAUCAAAGGUGUUUUAUGUUUCUGCCAUGGAUAUGGUGAUACUUGCACAUUCUUCUUUGAAGGUAUUGCCAAGCGAAUUGCUGCAUCUGGAUAUGGUGUUUAUGCUUUGGACCACCCUGGUUUUGGCCUUUCUGAUGGAUUGCACGGUUACAUCCCAAGUUUUGAUCAAUUAGUUGAUAAUGUUAUAGAAAAUUAUACAAAAAUAAAAGGAAGACCUGAAUUGAGAGGAUUGCCACACUUUUUGUUAGGACAGUCCAUGGGUGGAGCUGUUGCUCUUAAAGUUCAUCUCAAGGAACCCCUUGGAUGGGAUGGAGUCAUCCUUGUAGCCCCAAUGUGUAAAAUUGCAGAAGAAGUCAAGCCUCCAGCUCCAGUUCUGAAGGUAUUAACCCUUAUGUCUAACGUCCUGCCAAAAGCAAAGCUCUUCCCACAGAAAGAUCUAGCUGAGCUAGCCUUCAGAGACUUAAGGAAAAGGAAAAUGGCUGUCUACAACGUGAUUUGUUAUAAAGACCAAACACGAUUGAAAACUGCUGUGGAACUUUUGAAGGUGACAAGUGAAAUUGAGAAGCAAGUGGAGAAGGUUUCAUCUCCAUUGCUGAUUCUUCAUGGAGCUGCUGAUAAGGUGACAGAUCCAUUAGUGAGCCAAUUUCUUUAUGAGAAGGCCUCUACCAAAGACAAAACCCUAAAACUCUAUGAUGAUGGAUAUCACUGCAUUCUGGAAGGGGAGCCUGAUGAAAGAAUAUUUACAGUCCUCAAUGAUAUUGUUUCUUGGCUUGAUUCCCGGGUGUCUUCUUAGCUAGAAGUUCCCCUUUGGUAUUUCACUCACCAUGGACAAGUUCUUCCAUUUUUGUUUCUUAUGCUAUAUACUGUUACAUGACAUGGAAGAUCAUUUAUUCUGUUGCAUCCCCCUCUCCCUACCCUUUAUCCUGCAGUCUUAUAAUAGCAUUAGUAGCAGGCUCAACAAAACACCAUUUCAACAAAAAUAUGGCUAAAGGCACCUAAAACUCUCUUGCAUUAUUCACUUCUCCCAUGGCCCCUCCCCCAUUUGUUAAAAAAAAUGUACCUGUCUUGUGAUGGGGAUGCACAAUAAUCUAAAGCUUUGAUAAAAGUUAAUUAGCUGUAA